AUGUAUCACCAGAAGAGGUUAGACAGACUUCUAAUCAAUGGGGCAUGUUUGGAACUUUCCGCAGCCAUUUCUGUUACUCAUUUGGCGAGACAUCCUUCGGAUCACGCACCAUUGAAGAUUUCGUUUGUAUCUCGGUUAGAUAAUAAACCACGGCCUUUCCGUUUCUUGAAUGUCUGGAUGACUAAACCAGAACUUUUGGAGGUGAUUAGAAAUGCCUGGGUUCAAGAAGUUAAUGGGUCUCCCUUCCGGGUUUUAUGCUCUAAAUUAUUGGCAACGAGGAGGGCUAUUCAGGCUUGGAACAAGCACAGUUUUGGAAAUAUUUUCAAAGCUGUUCAAAAGGCUGAAGUUGCGGUACAACUAGUAGAGGAGGUGGCAGAUCAAGAUGAUACCGAGGAGAGCCAAGUUGCGCUCAGGAAGGCUUAG